UCUGACAAGGUUGUUAUGACUUUUUUAAAGCCAUUUACCAUGUUUACGAGAGUAUAGCGCUUGGAAGUAUAAUUAUAAUUACGUCCACCGUUAAAUCGCUCGAUUCCAUCGUUAACGUUCGAUGUUGGAGUGUUCAAGUACGUUAAUUUAGUGAAACUGACUGAAAAAAUUAUGUGAUAUUUCCUUGAAUUUCUGAAAAGUGAUGGCUUCUACUUGUCGCCGCUGGAGGCUAUGGAUUUUACCAGUUCUAACUUGUCUUUAUGCACUUCUCAUCAUUAUCCUAGUACCAAUCCUCUUGGCGAACUCCAUUAAGAAUGGUUUCAAAAAGCAGGAUCAAGGUGCUCUCGUUGGAGGUGCUUUCGUGCUGCUUGCAUUGCCUAUUGCUUUCUAUGAGAUUGUUCAACACAUGAUAUAUUACACACAACCUAGGCUGCAGAAGUAUAUUAUCAGGAUAUUAUGGAUGGUACCAAUUUAUGCAGUAAAUGCUUGGCUUGGUUUAGUUUAUCCAGAAGGCAGCAUAUAUGUGGAUAGUUUGAGAGAGUGCUAUGAGGCAUACGUAAUAUACAAUUUUAUGAUGUAUUUAUUGGCCUACUUGGAUGCUGAUCGUCAGUUAGAACACAGGCUUGAAAUGUCCUCUCAGGUACAUCACAUGUUCCCACUGUGUUAUUUACCUGACUGGGAAAUGGGAAGAGAAUUUGUACAUAUGUGCAAACAUGGAAUAUUGCAAUAUACUGCUGUUAGGCCUAUAACAACUUUGAUAUCUUUUAUCUGUGAGCUUAAUGGAGUGUAUGGAGAAGGUGAAUUUAGAACGGACGUAGCAUUUCCGUAUAUGAUUGCUCUAAAUAAUUUAUCACAAUUCGUUGCCAUGUAUUGUUUGGUGCUUUUUUACCGUGCCAACGCAGAGGCUUUAAAACCGAUGAAACCGAUCGGGAAAUUCUUGUGCAUUAAAGCAGUCGUGUUCUUCUCUUUCUUUCAAGGUGUAAUGAUCGCAUUGCUAGUGUACUUCGACGUAAUAUCGAGUAUUUUUAACACGAAUGACAUGGACGACAUCAGGAAUAUAUCAUCGAAAUUGCAGGAUUUCCUAAUUUGCAUUGAGAUGUUCAUGGCCGCGGUAGCUCACCACUACAGUUUUUCAUACAAACCUUUUGUAAAUCUAGCACAGGGCCAAGCAUGGUGGGACGCAUUCAGGGCGAUGUGGGAUGUUUCUGACGUUCAUAAUGACAUCAAAGAACACCUAGGAGUAGUAGGAUCUUCCUUAAGUCGCAGGAUACGUGGUCGAAGUGCUUAUCAGCAGGCCUGGGGAAGCGCGACGGAACGUACGUCUCUUCUUCCAGAAGCAUCUGUGACCACGGCUAGAAGCGCGCCAGCAUGUUCCUUUUCCGGUUACAAUACCGCGGAAAUCGAGCAGAACGAUGGUUCCGUCGACUUGAUUCCAGACGUGCAGGAUACCAAUAACGCGGUGAAGACGUAAUUAACCGACGUUCUCUCAAAUAAAUUUUUGAGAAGAACGUUAACAUAAUCAAAGGAUACAUUUUUUGUUUGGGACACACACAUACGCAAAUCGGCAUUGCUCUGCAUCGCUAGUAUUACCUUUAUAAGCAGAGAGAAAGAAAGAGAGAGGGAGAGAAAGAUAAUCUAAUUUUGCAAAACCAACGUUCUCCCCAGUAUAUUGUACAAAAAUUCUCACUAUCCUGCUCUGUUAAAUUAAUGGGGCACACUUUUUUGACCCUAGAUAUAUGAUCAUACAACUGCUCAUCACUCUUUCACAAGGAGCAGAGAGUUUUGAAUUCUAAUGACGACUCAGGAAAAUGAGACAUUUUAGAUUUUUAGAGGAAUUACCUUCACUUUGAGAAAGCAAGGUUUUCAAAGCACUCUCUUCUGGCUAAUAAUUAAUACUAGAACGACCAGUCGGGUCAAAGUAACACAUUAGCGAUUUUCCAAAAGUGAAUUUUUGUGUAACUAAAACGUGAUUGAAAAAUUAGAUUCAUAUCGAUACAAGUAAAAGUAUAC